AUGCAGUUGGGCUUGGAAGAAGCAUUGCCAUCUUUGGUGAAGGCCAAAUUCGCUACUGCGAAAGCCAGUCAAGCGUUGAUCUUUUCGUCCACCGAGCUUUCUAUCUUGCGUACCAAGUCCGGUGCACCUUUCCAACUUCGUUACUGUCCAGCAUUGGCAAAAAAGCCUAAGGACAAUGAUGACAAGAACAAAGUCAAAGGUCCAAAGCCGGAUCCCUUCGACAACCCCUCUUCAGACUUGCUCAUCGCGAAUAUUCCCACUACCAACCCCAGCCACUUGCUUGUCUUGAACAAAUAUCCUGUCAUCCCUCAGCAUUUCAUCAUUGCCACAAAGCUCAACAAGCAACAAACUCAUAUGCUUGAGCAAGAUGAUCUAGCAGCCACACAUGCUUGUCUGAAGGCUUGGGAAGAGAACAAGCAGAAUGGAAAGCUGUUCGCUUUCUUCAACUCUGGCGAGCACAGUGGGGCCAGUCAGGCACACAGGCACCUGCAAUUUUUGAGCGUUGAGGAGAUGAAGCGAGAUCAACAAGACGCCUCGAGCUGGGAUCCGCUGAUCGAACGGAUGCUGCAAGCUCCCGCCAAAGAAGCUAAAGAACUAAGGACCAGUCCUGAUCUGCCUUUUGCUCAUUAUGCGACACAGCUGCCACAAGACCCUAGUCCAGAUACCCUCUACUCGACAUACAACAAGUUAUACGAAGCAGCUGCUGCCGCUGUCAGGUCUUACAUCUCGUCUAACCAGAACUCGGGCCUUGAGCUUCAGCCGUCCGAAGGAGGAUCAUCGCCUAUCAGCUACAACCUCGCCAUGACGACAUCGACUAUGGCUAUAGUCCCGCGCAGAAGGGAAGGCGCCGCGAUCAAGAACAGCCAAGGUGUCGAAGUCGGAAGCGUGGCUCUGAACGGAACAUUGCUGGCUGGUACUCUGAUGGUCAAACUGGAGGACGAAUGGAACACUUUACGAAAUGACGGGCUACAACUCGACGAAAUCUUGACAGCAAUUGGCAUACCUAGGUAG